UGCUUUUUCCGGGACACAAUGGGCUCGGCUCCAUCCUCAGAAUCUCCCGAUGCCGAUCCGAGCUGAUGUAAAGACCUCAUAUCUUCACCGCCAUGAGCCGGCAGUUGCCCCAAUUCGCUCUUCGGGUUUAUAUAUUUUGGCUGUCCGAAAUUACCGUCCUCAGCUGCUUGGUAUAUGAGGACAACCGUCACCCGUGUCGCUUCGAAACGUAAGAGGUCGCUACCGAAGGAGUUACCCCAGGCUCCGCUAGGCAAUCUGCCUAUAGUUGAAACUUUCUCGAGUGUAGUUUCUCAUUUUCUUUUGCCUCUUCGGUAGCCUUCGUUGACGGUUUUUCAACCACCGAAUAGUCGACAAUAAGCUUGUUUGGGACGCAAAUUCACAACUGAUUUGAGACCGUGGCUGACGGUCGCCAUCCCCUUCCGCGCCAGACCCUCGCCCCCUGUACCCCCUGAUGGGCGCCUGCCCUAAACCCAUCAUCGCUUGCUCGAAACGAGGCACCAGGCUAUCGUCCACGAUAUAGCUUCUUCAUACUCGUUCUCUGCAGAAAUGGACGAAACAGACAACCCUCCGAAUUGUAUCCGCUCUCAGGAGACGCUCGCCUUGCCGCGAGUGUACAUGUGUCAGGUCGCAGGAUGCGGUGCGCGCUUUCGAAAGGCUGCACAUCUUCGGCGCCACGCGGCUGUCCACACCGAAGAGCGCCCGUUCAGCUGCCCCUGUUGUUCCGCCUCUUUCAAAAGAGACGAACACCUGCGUCGUCAUAUAACGAUACGCCAUCGCGGAGACAGCCGGAUGCUUCCGAAGGCGCUGGGAUGCACAGAAGAACGAAACAGCCCUACAUCUGAUCCUCAUUGCCGAAACUCUCUAAAUGAGGGUUUGACUGAACAUAUCCAGAAUCGUAGUGUCUAUUCUACAGGCGUAAGUGCACGACACGUAGAGGAGGACCGCACACGCCACAUGCCCGGCGAACAGCAGGCCAGACCUACGGCGGAACAAGGCGUCGACACUGUACGUUUGCCACAUGAAGCUUGUCUUCUAAGUGGCAAAAGGCUGACAAAUGAUACAGAAGCCGAUGCAACAGCCCCCAAAUGUCUGGACGAAUCGAAGAGGCUUUCACGUGAAAGUCACGCAAACAGCACUGAGCUUUCGAUAGCGGGGGCACCUUGCCUGACCGACAAAACGCGGGAGUCAGAUGCCCGGCCGUUCGUCUGUGACAAAUGUGGCAAAUCGUUCACUCUAAAACAGCACCUUCGACGCCACGAGAAAAGCCAUGUCGGGCGCCAUACAUGUGAGCAAUGUGGCGCAGUAUUUGCAAAGAAGCAUCAGAUCCGGUGGCACAUGCUGGAACACGUGAUGACAGACAGCGCUCGACGGAAAGGGAGGCAAGCAGACGCAAGAAAAGAGGUCUUGGAAAACCCUCUCGCGGCAGGUGGUGCUGAAAACGGACAUGAGGAAGACUCUCUCUCCCCGUUCAUGCCAGAAAAACAUGUCCCCUGUAAAGCGGAUGAGUCACUUCAAGCAGUGGGGUUCCCCUGCCCACACAAGGACUGUGACAUGGUCUUCCUCACGCGCGGUCAGCUGUACCGACACCUGAGAAGAGUUCGCGAAAGAUCCUGCGACUACACCUGCGAGACGUGCUCGGAGACAUUUGUGCGGUUUUCGUCCCUGGUGACGCAUCGACGCGUCGCCCACCCGACAAAUGUUCACAUCUGCGAAACAUGCAAUAAACGCUACUCAAGAUUAUCCCGUCUUCGAGAACACAUAAGGAAACGGCACGGCGCCGAGGACCGGUGUCUAGCGGAGGAAGGAAACCGCUCAGACAACGAACUGAGGGAACGGGACAUCGAAGACUCUCAGGACUGUUCUUGUCCGUGCCCGCACCCCAGCUGCGGCGCCUUUUUCUCCACUGUACGUCCCAGCCGUUCUCCACGGUGAAUAUGACAGGGGGAGAAUGCUUCUGGUUCACCCUUCCCCUAUACCUGUGAGGCACAGUCAGCGUCAAAGAGAAGCUGCGUCGUUCCCCGUC